UUCCCCUCCACACAAAUAAACAACUACGCUAUUGAGAUAUUUUAACAUGGCGUAUUUAGCACCGGUACAUCGACCAAGUAGUGUACGUCUUACAUUAAGAUUGAAUCUUCUAGAUCACAGAGAGGAAUGUCUAGUACUUGCGUAGGUAGCAAGCUUCCAUGAAAUAAACUCACAACACAACACAAUACAACACAAUAUAACUAUAUACUAAUAUCUAAACAGCAAAGCAAAUCGAUUGGAAAUAUGGAGGGCCACGGAAGAAGGCCUUACAAUGGCAUACUCAAAAUCUAUAUACGGCCGCAUAUCCAUGCUCCAAAAGAUCCAACCCGCCGGAUCAAAAACCGACCAUCUGUUCGUAGGAACUGUUCGAGCACAAUACUUUACCGUGAUGUGGAAUCCUAAUACGCAUAAGCUGGAUACCAUGCAAUCCUUUGUUGAUAUUUCCCAAGAACAUAUGCGGGAUUCCGAAAGUAGGGAUAGAUGUCUUGUGGAUCCGACGGGACGAUUACUGGUUAUGGAACUGUAUGAGGGAGUGUUGAAUUUGGUGAAGAUUGUGAAGCCGAGAGGAGGCAAGACGGAUUAUCUAGAGAAACCGGAACAAGUUAGGAUCUCGGAGAUGAAGGUGAGGGCGAGUGCGUUUCUGUAUACGGAUACCAAACAGCCAAAGCUGGCGUUACUCUACCAGGAUGCGAGGGAGAAUGUGAGGUUGGCGACAUAUAGGAUGCUGGAUGAUAAAGGACACCCCAAUUUGCAGUUUGAUCCGAAGAAAAAUAGGGAGAAUGAUGUGGAUGAUUUGUGUGUUGGGGCUAUGCACAUCAUACCGGUUCCGAAGGGGGAGGAUGAGGGGAGCAAGAGAUAUAUUGUUAGGAAUGCGACGACGGCGAAGGCUAAUUUGGGAGGAGUUGUUGUUCUUGGAGAGACGAAGUUUACGUAUCUGGAUGAUGAGAGUAAAGCCGUCGUCGAAUAUGCGCUAGAUGAGGCUGUACUAUGGGCUGCAUGGGAACCAAUAGACGAGAGGAAUUAUCUGCUGGGAGAUGAUUAUGGAUUUCUAUACCUUUUCACAAUACUAGUCGAUGGUGCUACGGUUACUGGAAUGAAGGUUCUAAAACUAGGGCAGGUAUCUAAGCCUACAUCUUUAGAGAACCUAGGAAAUGGGGUCUUUUACGUUGCUUCGCAUGAAGCUGACAAUCAAGUCAUUCAAAUAGAUUUGAAGGGCCCGGAUUAUAGUGUUACCGUAUUACAGGUAUUACCGAAUAUUGCGCCCAUACUAGAUUUCACGAUCAUGGAUAUGGGUGGGAGAGAGGGUGAGACUCAAUUGAAUGAGUACUCUUCAGGCCAAGCUCGAUUAGUCACGGGCAGUGGAGGGUUUGAGGGCGGAAGUUUAAGAAGUGUUCGAAGUGGCGUCGGGCUUGAUGAUAUUGCAAUACUUGCCGAAAUGGAGGGUAUUCAUAAGGUUUUCGCAUUACAUUCUGGACCGAGUCUGCCGAAUGACACUCUUGUAGUGUCAUUUUCUACGGAAACUCGAUUCUUCAAGUUCGAUACACUAGGAGAUAUCGAAGAGGUAAAAACUAUCUGCAAUUUGUCGACUGCCUCGGAAACGUUACUAACUUAUAAUCUCGAUAAUGGUUGUAUACUACAAGUCACCCAACAUGAGGUAGCAAUACAUGGCAAAUCUGCGGGGCAUCGAUGGCAACCUCCUGACGGACAAAUUAUCACAGCAGCUUCGGGGAACCGGAACUAUAUUUUACUUUCAUCCAAUGGACGUACACUUGUCACUUUGUCAAUCAAACAAAAUCUAGCCGAGGUUGCGUUUCAGGAGCUUGGGAAUGACCAAGUAGCUUGCAUACAUGUACCUCAGUUAUUGGGAGAUAUAGGUGUUAUUGGUUUAUGGAAAUCAGGAUCAAUAUCUCUACUUGAUCUAAAAACUCUCAACACUAUCGUAUCCGAAGAUUUACGACGAAACGAUGGUGCUUCUAUACCGAGAGACAUUGCUCUUACCCAAAUUUUGCCUCCGAAGCUUUCGGGUCCAACAUUAUUUGUGAGCAUGGAAGAUGGUAUUGUGUUGAGUUUCGAUGUUGAUAGUGAGAAUUGUUCACUCUCCGGAAGAAAGAGUAUUGUGCUCGGUACACAACAGGCACGACUUCAAAUUUUGCCGCGAGAUAACACCACUUUCAAUGUUUUCGCAACUUGCGAGCAUCCUAGUUUGAUAUACGGUUCUGAGGGUAGGACUGUGUAUUCAGCUGUUACAGCUGAAGAUGCGGUCACAGUAUGCUCGUUCAACAGUCAAGCAUAUCCUGAUUCAGUAGUCGUGGCUACAACGAAUGAGCUCAAACUCUCAGCCAUCGACAAUGAACGGAGAACACAUGUCAGAACUUUACCGAUUGGUGAAACUGUCAGGAGAAUAGCAUACUCAGCCAAAGAAAGAGCAUUUGCUAUCGGAGCCAUCAAACGUGAAUUGACAAAAGGACAAGAAACCGUCACUACUUCUUUUAGGUUGGUGGAUGAGGUCGUUUUCGGCGAACUAGGCGAGCCAUUUUACUUACCACCCAAUGACGAAAUCAUCGAAAGUGUUAUACGAGCCGAACUUCCAACAAAAUAUGGGGAUGGUGAACUAGUCGAGCGCUUCCUAGUUGGUACCAGUUUUCUCCAUGACAACGACGUAAAUAUUCGUGGUCGUCUUCUUAUCAUCGGUGUCAAUAGUGACAGAACUCCAUACAUAAUCGCUUCUCAUACUCUUAAAGGCUCUUGCAGGUGUAUUGGUGUCCUCAAUGGUAAAAUUGUGGCGGCACUUAAUAAAACCGUUGUCAUGUAUGAUUACGAAGAAACGUCCCGUACUACUGCCAACCUUCGAAAAGUUGCCACCUAUCGCUGUGCGACUUGUCCAAUCGAUAUCGAUAUCAGAGGUAAUAUAAUAGCCGUAGCCGAUAUCAUGAAAUCCGUUGCUCUCGUCGAAUAUAUACCAGGCGUCGACGGCCUACCAGACAAACUCGAAGAAGUGGGAAGACAUGCACAACAAGUUUUCGCAACGAGUGUAGCCGAGGUAGAUACAGAUACUUAUUUGGAAUCGGAUCACGAUGGGAAUCUCAUUGUGUUAAAGAGGAAUCGCGAGGGAAUUACCAGAGAAGAUAAACUCAGGCUUGAGGUUCUUUGUGAGAUGAAUUUGGGAGAGAUGGUAAAUAAGAUUAAAAGGAUUAAUGUGGAAACGUCAAAAGAUGCACUAUUAAUCCCUCGAGCCUUCGUCGCAACGGUACGUUCCUCUUCCGCUUCCCUUCCUUUUUGCCAACUAAUCUCAGCUACUAACAAACCAUAAUUCAGACCGAAGGUUCCAUCUAUCUCUUCUCCCUCAUUCCCCCUCAACACCAAGACCUCUUAAUGCGUCUCCAAACCCGCCUCGCCUCUCUCCCAGCACGCUCUCUCACAGACCCUUCCUUCACAGCCCCCAUCGAAUUCAGUCCCGGCAAUCUCGAUUUCAAUAAAUAUAGAUCGUACGUCUCGGCCGUGAGGGAAACAAAUGAACCCUUCCGAUUUGUGGAUGGGGAGUUGAUUGAACGAUUUUUGGACUUGGACGGCGCGGUCCAAGAGAAGAUUUGUGAAGGCUUGGGCGUUAGAGCGGAGGAUUUGAGAGGUGUGGUGGAGGGCUUGAGGAGGUUGUGUUAGGUGUGAUGCCUUGUGGGUUGUGGGCAUCAAAGGGAACCGGAAAUGAGUAAGGGGGAAGAGAAAAAAAGAGAAUACGAAAUGAGAGAAUGGAGGAAGGGCAAAAUAGGAAAUCCCCCUUUUUCGAGAAUCGAUCGCCGACGAGGUUAUGUAAAGAUGCAUGCUAAGUAGCACGAAACAAAACGUAGAGAUGAAUGUAAAGAAAGUACAAGCAAGUAUGAAGGGAUAGGUAUAGGUAUAGGUAGAGGUAUAGGGAUACUAAACCCGCAUAUUAUAGUAAAUUAAGAAGAUAC